AUGAGAUUUUCUCCUGCUAUGUUACAACGUGCCGCAAAGGCUGUUGACAAGUACGCCCUAUAUGUUCCGACCAAAGGUGUCUUUCCAAAGGAGUUCAAAGUUGCUUCCACUGCUUCUGGUGUUAAGAAGAACGGUGUAUUGGACCUGGGUGUCAUUUUAAAUACUAAUAAGUCACGUCCUUCUUCUGCAGCUGCUGUGUUCACCACAAACAAGUUCAAAGCUGCUCCUGUGCUUCUAUCUCGUGGCGUGCUAGAGGCCAGUCACGGUAAAGGUGUUGAUGCAAUUGUCGUUAACUCAGGCUGUGCAAAUUCUGUCACUGGUGAUGUAGGUCUGGCUGACGGUCAAGCCAUGUUAGAAAUGGUUAACCAGAAUAUUGGUAAGGAUAAUGCGACAUUGGUGAUGUCUACAGGUGUCAUUGGUCAAAGAUUGAAAUUGGAUAAGAUCCAAGGUGGGAUCAAUGAUAUCUUUAAAAAGAAUAAGUUUGGUACUGAUUUUAGCUCUUGGUUAGGUCUAGCUAAGUCUAUCAAUACCACUGAUACUUUCCCUAAAUUAGUCUCCUCUAAGUUCACCUUACCAAAUGGUAAAGAAUAUACUUUGACCGGUAUUGCUAAAGGUGCAGGUAUGAUUUGUCCAAAUAUGGCUACUCUGCUAGGUUUUGUCUUGACCGAUUUGCCAAUUGAAAGUGCUACUUUACAAAAAAUGUUAAGAUUUGCUACUAGUCGUUCCUUCAACUGUAUUUCUGUUGAUGGUGAUAUGAGUACUAACGACACUAUCUGUAUGAUUGCUAAUGGUGCCAUCGACACUCCAGUCAUCAAUGAAUCAUCUCCAGAAUAUCAACAGGUUCAACAACAAGUUACUGAAUUUGCACAAAGAUUGGCACAAUUAGUCGUCCGUGACGGUGAAGGUUCUACUAAAUUCGUUACUGUCAACGUUCAAAACGCAUUGAAGUUCGAUGAUGCCAAAAUUAUUGCAGAAUCUAUUUCAAACUCCAUGUUAGUGAAGACAGCCUUGUACGGUCAAGAUGCUAACUGGGGGAGAAUUCUAUGUGCUAUUGGUUACGCUAAGUUGAAUGAUCUAAAAUCUUUAGAUGUUAACAAGAUCAAUGUCAGCUUUGUCACCACUGAUGAUUCCCAGCCACGUGAAUUGAAGCUUGUUGUUAAUGGUGUUCCAAACUUGGAUGUCGAUGAGGCAAGAGCAUCUGAGAUCCUAGCUUUGAAUGACUUGGAAGUCCUAGUUGAUCUAGGUACUGGUAACGAAGAAGCUCAAUUCUGGACUUGUGAUUUAUCUCAUGAGUAUGUUACUAUCAACGGUGACUACCGUUCCUGA